CAGAGGUGUCCCUGUCCCUGCCACACUAACAGGGCCUCGGCGAUAAGAGCCACACUGCAGGCUGGUAAUUGCGGCUCUUGCACGGACCUCCAUACAGCUGAAAUAAUGGAAUAAUUGAACAUGGCACACCACGAUAAAGCACGCAGCCUGAGGGAGCCACUGAGUUGUAUGUUGAUUGGGGAUGGAGCUGUGGGCAAGACCAGCAUGAUUAUAAGCUACAUCUUCAAUGGAUAUCCCAGUGAAUACAGGCAAACGGCUUUUGAUGUAUUUACUGGCCUGGUUCAUGUGAAUGGAAUUCCAACUCGGAUCAAAUUAUUGGAUACUGCUGGGCAGGAGGAGUUUGACCACAUGCGCUCUCUCUGCUAUGCCCAUGUGGAUGUCUUCAUCCUCUGCUUCAGCAUUGUCAACCCAGUGUCCUUUGUCAACAUCACUUCCAAAUGGAUCCCACAGAUCCGGGCCUGCAAUCCCACGUCUCCCAUUAUCCUGGUUGGAACUCAGUCAGACCUUCGCCACAGUGCCAACACCCUAAUUCAUCUGGACCAGCUGAGAACCAAGCCAGUGCACUUCUCCCAGGCCCGGAGGCUGGCACACAGGAUCAGGGCUCAUGACUACGUGGAGUGUUCAGCACUGACACAGAAGAACCUCAAAGAUGUGUUUGACUGUGCUAUAUUCGCUGCCAUCAAGCACAGCACUGGCAAAGAAUCCAAAGAACUUAACCUGCUUGAUCGUAUAAAGACUUUUUAUAAUGGUGGGUGGAAGAAACUAUUUUGUUUCAUAUGACAAGGCAUCAGUGAGUUGUUUUGACUCACAUGGGCUUUCAUGAAAAUGCCUGUCAGUAUGGACUGUGCUCUAAAGAAACUGGGAUUAGAAUAAAUUAAAACCUGCACUGUCAUCCUGUCUUGACAUCAUGUGAGAAAUAUGACAAUCAUCAUCCGAAAGCUGCAGCAUGCAUGGUUGUCAGUGGCUACAGAUGCUAAUCUAUUUGGCUUUACUUUUUUUAAUGUUAGUUUUUGUUCAUGUCAGCUUGUUUUUGUGUAAAUUCAACCAAACAAAGCAAUAAUA